AGUAGUGAUGUCAUCAGCAGUCAGCUGCGAACAAUCUUGAGGCACGUUUUAAUCCAGCGGAGAAGGAAAAUUUUCUCUCUCCUUCCUUUCAGCCAGAAAUGAAGCGGUUGGGAAGUCGCUGCUUCAGCACAACUGAAGAGGCUUUGCUACCUGAGAUCCAAGUACCGUUUAUGCUUUCCCUAGUAACUCCUGAUGAUGGGACCGUUUUUCUUUCUUCUCUAGGAAGCAAAAAGCUAACAGCGCCUGUGACAACUCAGCCAACUCGUGGGGUUCAUAUGUCCACCAUCACAACAGUCAUACGGACAGGAGGAGACUGGACCACUGGCCUCUUUGAUAUCUGCAGUGACAAGCGUGUUUGUGUCUGUGGUGCGUUGUGUAGCCCAUGUCUAGAAUGCAACCUUGCAAGGCACUACGGGGAGUGCCCAUGUUUCCCACUGCUGCCAGGUUCCUCGUUAGCGUUGAGAGUGGGUGCCAGAGAGAAAUACAAGAUACGAGGAACCCUGUGUGACGACUGGAUGGCAGUUAAUUGCUGCUGGCCUUUUGCUGUUUGCCAAGUGGCCCGAGAGCUGAAGAGGAGGGCUACAACCCCAAUCUAUGAAAUAAAUACUGCUCCUACUGCUAGAGAUACCUCCAUUUAAAAGUUUCCAGCCAGAAAGCUUGACUCGUGACACUUCCUUUUCCUGCCAAUGUAAAAUGCCCUAUUUUUAGAAAUAGAAUGUG